AUGGCAGACCUCGAGCUAGGGGCGUCAUUCAUCCCGAUACUCUACAAGCCGGCUGCCUUGCUCCCCAUUACCAAGCAUCGUGAGAGUCUCUUAUACGUCAUUGCGACGUACCCAGUAACCAUCGUGGUCGGCCAGACAGGUUCUGGAAAGACGACCCAGAUCCCACAAUAUUUGGAAAGGGCUGGAUGGUGCAAUGAUGGAAAGGUGAUUGCGAUCACACAGCCCCGGCGAGUUGCAGCUACAACGGUUGCGCUGCGAGUGGCCGAAGAGUUUGGCUGUGAGGUUGGAAAAGAGGUUGGCUAUUCGAUCAGGUUUGAGGAUGUCACCUCAGCAGCCACACGGAUCAAGUUCAUGACGGACGGGCUUCUGAUUCGCGAAGCCCUUGUUGACCCACUGCUCUCUCGCUACUCGGUCAUCAUGGUCGACGAAGCACAUGAGCGGUCGAUCAGCACGGACAUACUGCUUGGGCUUCUGAAGAAGAUCCGAAAACGGCGGCCGGAGCUACGUAUCAUCAUCAGCAGCGCCACCCUGCAGGCGGACGACUUCAUCGCCUAUUUUUCCGCCUCGGAAGAGGGCAGCCACGGCACCAAGAGCAAAGCGGACGAGACCGAGAUGGUGGACGAUGCCGACGAGAGCAAGAUCGGCACGGUAGUCAGCCUCGAGGGCAGGACCUAUCCCAUUGACGUCCUCUAUGCCGAGAGUCCCGUCGAGGACUAUGUGGAGAGAGCGGUGGCCACGGUGCUGGCGAUACACGAGCAAGAACCGGACGGCGACAUUCUUGUCUUUCUCACGGGCCGCGACGAGAUCGAGACGGCAGUGCAGGCCGUGGCGGAGCGCGUGGCCGCGCAGGAGUCGCUGUCGGCGCGGCGCGCCCUGUUGCCGCUGCCGCUGUUUGCCGGACUGCCGACGGACGAGCAGAUGUACGUGUUUGAGGAGGCGGCCGAGGACACGCGCAAGGUGAUCUUUGCGACGAACAUUGCCGAGGCGUCGGUGACGAUCAACGGCAUCGUGUACGUGGUGGACAGCGGGUUCGUCAAGGUGCGGGCGUACAAUCCGGCCACGGGCAUCGAGACGUUGACGGCAACGGCGGUGUCCAAGGCGGCGGCAGCCCAGCGGGCCGGCCGAGCCGGACGCACGCGACCGGGCAAGUGCUUCCGGCUGUACACGGAGACGGCGUAUUUCGGGCUGGCCGACACCAACGUGCCAGAGAUCCAGCGGUCGAACUUGGCGCCGGUGGUGCUGCAGCUCAAGGCGCUGGGCAUCGACAACGUGUUGCGGUUCCCGUACCUGACGGCACCGCCGGCCGAGCUGAUGACCAAGGCGCUGGAGCUGUUGUACGCUCUCGGCGCGCUGGAUGACUACGCCAAGCUGACAAAGCCGCUCGGGCUGCGCAUGGCCGAGCUCGCCGUCGAGCCCAUGAUGGCCAAGACGCUGUUGGCGGCCCCCCAGUUUAACUGUCUGGGCGAGAUGCUGACGAUCGCGGCCAUGACGAGCCGCGAGAGCAGCAGCAGCGUCUGGGUCGACGGCGGGCGCGAGGACCGUCGUGGGCUCGAGUCGUCGCGGCGGAAGUUUGCGGCCGAUGAGGGCGAUCACGUGACUCUACUCAACGUGUACCAGGCAUUUGUCACCAAGGGCAAGGGCGAGUCGCGGUUCUGCCGCGAGAACCGGCUGAACUUCCAGGUGCUCAAGCGUGCCGUCAGCGUUCGCGCACAGCUGAAGCGAUUCAUGGAGCGCUUUGGCAUCGAGGUGUCGGGAGAGCAGCAGCAACAAGACCAUGAACGACAGACACGACCGCUGCCACAGCACGCCACCAACAAGGCGGAGCAGAUCCGGCGCUGCCUUACGAUGGGCUACUUUUCACAGGCCGCACGGAUGCAGGCAGACGGCUCCUUUUGCAACGUGGCCGGCGGCACCGUCCUGCACGCCCACCCCAGCUCGCUGCUGUUCAACCGUAAGGCCGACUGGGUCGUCUUCCACGAAGUGGUGGAAACGGGCGACAAGAUAUACAUCCGGGACGUGACCAAGAUCGAGAAGGCAUGGCUGCUCGAGUACGCUCCUAACUUUUACCACACGGGCAGCUAG